AUGGCCGACGUCAAGCGCAAUGCUGGCAAGACCGGCGCUGCACAGGUGUCAGACUCCAUCGACAGCUUGACUGCUGCCAUUGGUGCCCGUAUCAAGGUCUCGACAGUCGCACCUCACUCGCAGACUCUCCAGGGCACUCUCUUCACCGCAUGCCCCAAGUUGAACAUCAUCGCCAUCAACACCGCGCCCGCUCCUCCGAACCCGUCGUCCACUCUGUCCAACCAGCCCGGCGACUACCACAUCAUCCCCAUCCAGCACAUCUCGUCAUUCGACAUCGUCUCGCUAGACUCGAAUGCUGCCAAACAGACCGCCGCUACUGUCCAGCCUCCCAUCGCCCCCGUCGACAUUAAGAAGUUGCGCGAGCGCGAAGAGGCCAAGAUCCGCCAGCUGCGCGAACAAGAAGCCAACAAGGGCAAGGGUGUCAGCCGCGAGGCUCAGCAGAUCUUUGAUGCCUUGAAGCGAUUGCUCCCUACCCGCUGGCACGGACAGGAGAUAGUCGUCAGCGAUGCCGUGAUUAUCAGUCCGCCAUACACUGUAAACGACUGCAAAGCUCCCAAGGGCAAGGACCAAGCUCUCGACAGAAUCAGAAUGGUCUUGGAUGGUGAGAGGAGAAAGAUUGCCCAGCGCGCUGCUCAAGGAGGCACUCCUCCGCCCGGCGCCCCCAGAAAAGGAGGUUGA